AUGCCGAGCGGCAGCGCCGCCGCGUCCUCCUCGCCCUCCCAGCCGCUCCCGCUGCUGCCGGCGCUGGGCUCCGUCCUGCUCUCGCCCUCCUUCGAUGCGCAGGAGGCGGCGGCGGCGGCGCUCUGCGGGGCGGACGAUCCUCAGGGCAUGAUGGCGGCGAUGCUGUCCCACGCCUACGGCGGCGGCGGCGGCCUGGGCGGCGGCACCGGGGGGGCGGCGGGCCUCAACGGCGAGCAGGCGGCGCUGCUCCGCCGAAAGAGCGUCAACACCACCGAGUGCGUGCCCGUGCGCUCCGAGCAUGUGGCCGAGAUCGUGGGCCGUCAGGGUUGCAAAAUAAAAGCACUAAGGGCCAAGACAAAUACUUACAUUAAGACCCCCGUUCGUGGAGAAGAACCCAUCUUUGUUGUCACUGGACGAAAAGAGGACGUAGCCAUGGCCAAAAGGGAAAUUCUCUCAGCUGCUGAACACUUCUCCAUGAUCAGAGCGUCACGCAACAAGAACGGUCCUGCCCUGGGAGGCUUGCCAUGUACCCCUAACCUGCCGGGUCAGACGACAGUCCAAGUCAGGGUGCCUUACCGUGUAGUUGGGCUAGUGGUUGGACCGAAAGGAGCUACAAUCAAAAGAAUUCAGCAGCAGACCCAUACCUACAUAGUCACUCCCAGCAGAGACAAGGAGCCCGUCUUUGAAGUUACGGGAAUGCCCGAAAACGUCGACCGUGCGCGCGAGGAGAUCGAGAUGCAUAUAGCCAUGCGUACCGGGAACUACAUCGAGCUGAACGAGGAGAACGACUUCCAUUACAACGGUACGGAUGUGAGCUUUGAAGGAGGCACUCUCGGGUCUGCGUGGCUUGCUUCUAAUCCUGUCCCUCCUAGCCGCACCAGAAUGAUUUCUAAUUAUAGAAAUGACAGCUCCAGCUCCUUGGGAAGUGGCUCCACAGAUUCCUAUUUUGGAAGCAAUAGAUUGGCUGACUUCAGCCCAACGAGUCCGUUCAGCACAGGCAACUUCUGGUUUGGAGAAACGCUGCCUUCGGUGGGCACGGAAGACCUUGCGGUCGACUCUCCUGCGUACGACUCCUUACCGACGCCUUCCCAAACCAUUUGGACUCCUUUUGAACCUGUAAACCCGCUCUCUGGCUUUGGUAGCGACCCUGCUAGUAACGCCAAGCCUCAGCGCCGAGGGAGCCAGCCAUCUACUCCUCGCCUGUCGCCCACGUUUCCGGAAAGUCUGGAUCACCCGCUGGCUAGGAGAGUGAGGAGCGACCCACCUAGCACCGGCCACCAAGCCGGCCUUCCCAUCUACAUCCCCGCUUUCUCCAAUGGUACCAACAGCUAUUCCUCUUCCAACGGCGGCUCCACGUCCAGCUCGCCCCCCGAGUCGAGACGGAAGCACGACUGCGUGAUCUGUUUCGAGAGCGAAGUCAUUGCGGCCCUGGUCCCCUGCGGCCACAAUCUCUUCUGCAUGGAGUGUGCCAACAAAAUCUGUGAAAAGGAAACGCCAUCGUGUCCCGUUUGCCAGACAGCUGUUACUCAGGCAAUCCAAAUUCACUCUUAAAUAUAUAUAGAUAUUAUUAUAUAUGGACUUUUUAAAACUCUUAAAGGCAUGGGUGUAAUGGUACCCUCUAGUAAACUUCCUAAUGAAUUCUGACUGUUGGGCUUUCUUGGGAUUAGGCUGAAGUUGUUAAUAAAUUUCUACUUUCUCAAAAGGCUGCUACGGUAACACUAAACCUAGGUGGUCUCUGUCCGGUUCAGUGUAAGCAGAUGGCAUGGUUAGCAGAGAUACAUCUGGUGUGAUGUUAUGGCACAGCGAGGGGAAGUUUUCAUCAAUUACACAACUGAAAAAAACAAAUUUUACAGGCUUUCUAAAGGAUCUCUGUUAAGCGUUUGACUUCUGUGUGCUGGCAGCAAUGAACCUCGUCGCCUAAACGCAGAAGUGCUCGUCUGCUGUGGAGGGUUUGUGGCAUUAUCAAUAUAUCAAACAACACUUCCAAUGCUGCCUUCUUUACACUGCCAGUUUUGAAAAACAGGUUUGGGGAAAUUAUUUUUGCUUUGUGUGACAACUUAUGCCUAAUUCUUCAGCAUUGCAAAUACCUUAUUUUUUUUUUUUUAAAAGCAUAGUUUGAUUUAUUGAAAAGGAUUGUGUUAUUGGCAGGUUCGGAUAAUAAAUUACGGUGAGGGAGAGGAGAGAAGCUGCCCGACGCGCCUCCAUUUCGCCCGACGUGUUAAGGGCAGUAUGUUCAGAGGAUCAGGAACGUCUCGAUUUGUGAAUUCCUACCCACUGCUUUUCUUAAUGUAAUGUGGAAAAGUCUGGCUGGCUUCAUCCCAUUUCAGUAAGGGCUUUGGGAUGCACAUACUUCGACUAAUAGUGAGGAUGCUGACAUUCCGUUCAUUAGUCCGAUCAAGCUGUUCUUAAAUUACAUUUUUAGAGAGUAUAUAGUUCAAAAUGUGAAGCAUUUUUAUGUUCAAUCCAUAUUUGUCUUGCACAUAUAUAAAUAUAUAUUUUAUUUUUAGUAAGGAAAAGGAAAAAGGGGGAGUUGCGUACGUGCCCUUGUAUUAUUCAUGACAGCAGCUGUGACAGUGGCCCUGCAAUCAGUUUACUUCAUUUCAAAACUGUCUUUCCAAUCAUAAGGAAAAAAAAAAAGUGUCUUUUGAAUGCGCUUCUUACAUUUCAACCUGUGGAUGUUUCUAGCUUUUUCAUCCUCAGUACGUUCCCAAAUCUGUGCUGGCAUAUAUUAAAACAACAAAAACAAAAAAAAGACACAAAGUGGAGUUCUGGUGGAUUUUUCUAUUUUUUUUUGAAGCAUUAUUUUCCCAAGACAAGACAAAGCUUUUUUCUCAGUAUAACAAAAAGAAAUUAUAUGUGUAUUGAACUAGUAAAUAUACAGAAAAUUUUAUUUUUUAUUUCCACUUGAAGAGUUACAUUUCGUAUAAAAGUUUACAAAUAACGGUUUUUAUUUUAUGAUUUUCAGUAUAAGAGUUGCCUUGACGGCAUAUUAUGUACUGCAUAACUUUAAUGCUAUAAUUGCUUGUAGAAUAGUUACAUGUCAGUAUUGAAACCUAAUCUCUAGCUGCAGUCUUGUAGAUACGAACAAAUGUUCACCGAGCAUGUAUUUUGUAUUUUAUUGCAUCGUACACUGCAACUAAUAAGCCAAGGAAUCGACAGACAUUAGGUGCGUGUACCAUUUCUAUAAACCACAAACUAAGAAUGAUAAACUAUCAAUAUAGUUUAGUAUUUGCUAAUUUUACUACACUUUUUGUUAUGUAUAUGUAGGGAGGUCAUAGGGAUUAUAAAUUCAAUUUGAGUAAAGUUUAAAAACCAUAUAUUUUAUGAUAAAGGGCCUUUAACUUAUGAUGGCCAAAGCACUGAUAUUAUAUAUUUGCUGUAAAGAGAAUUAUAAGAGUUUUAUUUUUCUGAUAUUAAAAGUUACUUAAUAAAGACUUGUUUCCAUUAA